ACCUUUAGAGCAUGAAACUUAGGAACUUGCCAGUUUUACAUGUCGAUGACCGAAUGGAGUACUUUCAGACACUUCCGUCGCCUACCAUCCUCCCGACGAUCUGCUCGAAAGGACGCCGUUCAGCUUCGACGUUCCCCCGCCGGCAGGCUAUUUUAUUCGGUCUGAUAAGGGUAUAGUGCAGGUGUGUCUCGACUCUGCCAACGGACCGUUGGUUCCGGAGUUGCGCGACGCUUACACCAGUUUCGACGAGUACCUGGCCGACUUUCUGACACUACAGAAGCUACUGCAAUCUGGGCCACUGACGACGUUCUGCCACCGGCGUUUGAACUACUUGCAGCUGAAAUUUCAGCUUCACGUGCUGCUGAAUGACAUCCGCGAAAUGAGCGAACAGAAGAGUGUUUCGCAUCGUGACUUUUAUAACAUCCGCAAGGUGGAUACUCACGUUCACGCUGCUAGUUCGAUGAAUCAGAAACAUUUGUUGCGUUUCAUCAAGAAGAAAGUGAGAACAGAGGGUAAAACGGUGGUGUGCAAGGAGGACGGUAAUGACGUUACACUGACUCAGGUGUUCGACGAACUUGGAAUCACAGCAUAUGAUUUGAGCGUUGAUCUGUUAGACGUGCACGCGGACUGCGAUACGUUCCAUCGUUUCGACAAGUUCAACAGCAAGUACAACCCGCUUGGUCAAAGCUUGCUACGCGACAUCUUCCUGAAAACUGACAACUACAUUGGUGGCAGGUUCUUCGCUCAAGUUCUUAAGGUCGGUGUUAAUCAGCUAAUCAGUUAA